ACACGGGAAACGUGCUUAACCUAUUUUCAAUUUAUUUAUCAAAUUUGUUUAUGCCUAAUACCUGGCUACACUAUUCGUAUGUAUUUGACCGGAAAUGAAUGUCCGGGAAAGAAUCUACCAUAUGAAAUCGUUUGUAUUUCGUAUGAACACUUUUGAAGUGCAAUUGAAAAGAGGACCUCCGUAACGAGAUCAAAGAUGUACACCAGCUGUGCAGGGUGAAGAGGUUAUCUCAAACGCCCUUAAUUGGGCCACAGUCCAAUUAAGAACGACUCAAAUGUCAUUACCGCUGAGAAGUACUUCUUACCAUUUGAGUCAGCAUGUCAGAGCUAGUCACUACGGAUUGUGGUGACACAGCACUGGACUGCCUGCAGAAGUUAAUCGCAUAUAGCCAUCUCACUGGCAAUGUGCCUGAUUCAACGGAGCCUAACAAGCUGCUGAUUGUGCGCAUUGUCGAGACAAUUUGCGGUUGCUUCACCGGUCCACAGACCGAUGAGAGUGUGCAGCUGCAGAUUAUUAAAGCUCUGCUGACUGUAAUGACAAGCCAGCAUGUGGAGGUAUACGAGGAUACGAUGAUCAACGUGAUCUUCGCGCGAAUGGAGACUCAGGCGGAGGAAGAGAACGUGAGGCUUGAUGGGGAACAUCAGCAGGAGAGUUCUGUCAUAGCAAACGGCACAACUGAAGCUGAGCUACGUCUUAGUUAGCUAAGUCUAACUAGCUCAUCUUCAUGAAACUUUACGUUGCGUGCGUCUAUUUAAUGACGAUGGAUGUAGAAAGCUCUUCAAAUCACUUCGAGAGGAUUAUCAAAAGCGAUCUCCUUAUAUCGCAUAUUUAAUCAGAUGUCGUCAGGGAUUGCUGUCGACAUUAGCUCACUUAGAUAGAUUAUGCGUGCGAGUUAAGUGCGAUCGGGAUGCUAUCAAUAAUCAUCUUGUAUCCAUUUGUGUGAGGGUAUUUUUGGAAAAAAAGAAAGCUUUCCUCCUGCGAAGAGUUUAAAAAGCUUACGCUAGCUGACGAGAAACAGGAUCUCGUGGAUAAUUUUCUAGGGAAGGUCCACGUGGAAAUGGACAACGAUCCGAUUUGGCAAUCGGCAAGCGCCAACCAGUUAGAUUUGGCGAGAGUCGUGGUGGAAAGAACCGUCAUGGCACGGGUAUACCACAAUGCGCUCUAUCUAAAUCUAAAUGAAGAUGGAGAUGUAUAUAGGGACCAGCUUUUUCACGGUCAUAUCAAUAAGUUGGCAAAGGUCGUAACUUCAAAUCACAGGGACCUACGCAUUUCAAAAGUUUAUCAUUACGAAUGCCCCUGGUCAUGGGCGCAGGCUGAAUUGGCUGUGAUAUCGGCGUAUAAGACUCCUAGGGAUAAGUUGCAGUGUGUAUUGUUGCGCGACUACCAUCAUGAAUCUCUUUUCCAUGGCUUCGGAAAGAGGCAUACCUGCUGCCGACAAUCUGACUCCCGUGCUGGUCUACAGACUAAUCCGCCGUCGUUGUAUCGACUGUUCAAUAUGUAGACAGCUUUUACGGGAAUCGAUUGGAGGGAGAAGAACAAUAUUGGUGGACGCAGUUCUGCGCCGCGAUCGAGUUAAGACAAUGGAUUAACAGUUUCUCAAGAGUAUCACGAUAAAUAAGAUUAGAUUCGAUGCUGGUGAUAAUGUAGAAAUGUAUCAUAAUCAUAAUUUGACGAUUUCAUAAAGAAGAAGACCAAUAUCUUGUGUAAAGCUAGCUGAACAGUUUUAUGCUUCCAGUAUCAAUUAAAAUUCUUAAGUAGCCUCUUAAAUAGUCUAACUGUUAGUUCUUUCGCACGUUAUUAUGUAACAUUAGCAAAGACUGAAUCAGAUUAUACGUAAAGUGUGGCUUUAUCUUUAUUUGUAACUCUAUUGUACAAUGUCACAGGACAUCGAAAAAAAAA